CCAAGAGCUAUAUCUUAAACAGCAGGGGAAGUAUAUAAUAAUAGGAAGAUAAAAUAAAAAUUUCGUUCCCUCUUUCCUGGCCAUGUUAUUAUAUAAUGUAGAUGAUGGGUUGUAUAUUUUCACGCGAAAAACGAGAGAGAAAGAAAAAUAAAUAAAUAAAGGGAGUUGGUUUCCCUCCGAGAGGCCUACCUUAUAUACGUCUACAAAAAUAGAAUGAAGAAUCCCCAUCAUCUAAGACGAAUCAUCGAAACACGAUUCCAAAAUACCCUCUCUAUUUUUCUAACACUCCCUAUCAACACGCCUUCCCCACUUCCAUUCUUUCAAUAAUAAAGUUUUUUUUAACACACUUCUUUCCUCUCCAACACUCUCUUUACCAUUAAAAAGACAAAAAAGCCCAUUCUGCUUAUCCCAAUCUAUUCCUUGGCUUUUUUUCUUUCUUAUUUUCUUAAAAAUACUUUGUUGGGGGAUUGCAAUCCGACUUAUUCCACUUCUCCCUUAUUAUUCUUUGCUUCCUUUGAUAAUUAAUAAUAAAUGACGAUGUCGAACUCGAGAGUGCCGGAAGAUGUGAUGAACUUCAGAGGAGGAUCCGUCCUUGGGAAGAAGACCAUCCUCAAGAGCGAUCAUUUCCCUGGUUGCCAGAACAAACGCUUGUCUCCCCAAAUCGAUGGUGCUCCCAACUACAGGCAGGCUGGAUCUUCUUUGCGUGUGCAUGGUGUUGCAAUACCAACUAUUGACGGGAUCCGGAAUGUCCUUAAUCAUAUUGGGGCACAAAAGAAUGGAAAGCAAAAACGAGUUCUUUGGCAUAGUCUUCGAGAAGAACCGGUGGUGUACAUUAAUGGUCGUCCUUUUGUUUUGCGUGAUGUGGAAAGGCCCUUCUCCAAUCUUGAGUACACGGGAAUCAACAGGGCUAGGGUUGAACAGAUGGAAGCUCGCCUGAAAGAAGAUAUCCUGCAGGAAGCUGCACGAUAUGGAAAUAAGAUCCUUGUAACUGAUGAACUGCCAGAUGGUCAGAUGGUGGACCAAUGGGAACUGGUGACACAUGACUCUGUUAAGACACCUCUGGAGGUUUAUGAAGAGCUACAAGCAGAAGGGUACCUUGUUGACUAUGAGCGUGUGCCUAUUACUGACGAAAAAUCCCCAAAGGAGCGAGAUUUUGACCUUCUGGUUCAUAGAAUCUCACAAGCAGAUAUAAACACAGAAAUAAUUUUUAAUUGUCAAAUGGGGCGUGGACGAACCACAACCGGCAUGGUGAUUGCUACUUUGGUUUACCUUAACCGUAUUGGAUCCUCAGGUAUUCCAAGGACAAAUUCAAUAGGAAAGGUUUUUGAUACUGGAUCUGAUGUCACUGAUAAUAUUCCAAAUUCUGAGGAGGCAAUCCGUAGAGGCGAAUAUGGAGUGAUAAGAAGCCUGAUUCGGGUCUUAGAGGGUGGAGUAGAGGGUAAAAGACAAGUGGAUAAAGUCAUUGAUAAGUGUGCUUCAAUGCAGAACUUGCGAGAAGCUAUUGCUACUUAUCGCAAUAGUAUCCUGCGUCAACCAGAUGAGAUGAAGAGGGAGGCAUCACUUUCCUUUUUUGUUGAGUACUUGGAGCGUUACUACUUCCUUAUCUGUUUUGCUGUAUAUAUCCAUACAGAGAGAACAGCUCUUCGCCCUACUUCAUCUGGUCAAAGCAGUUUUGCUGACUGGAUGAAAGCAAGGCCCGAACUUUAUAGUAUACUACGCAGGUUGCUGAGAAGAGACCCCAUGGGCGCGCUUGGUUAUGGAAGCUUGAAACCUUCUUUGUUGAAAAUUGCUGAAUCUGCUGAUGGCCGUCCUCAUGAGAUGGGUGUUGUUGCUGCCAUGAGGAAUGGAGAAGUUCUUGGAAGUCAAACUGUUCUGAAAAGCGACCACUGCCCUGGUUGUCAAAACCUGUUGUUGCCCGAGAGAGUGGAGGGGGCACCUAAUUUCAGAGAAGUUCCUGGGUUUCCAGUAUAUGGUGUUGCUAACCCAACUGUUGAUGGGAUUAGAGCUGUUAUUCACAGAAUAGGUAGCACUAAAGGGGGACGUCCAGUUUUUUGGCACAACAUGAGAGAAGAGCCUGUUAUCUAUAUCAAUGGAAAACCAUUUGUGCUCCGUGAGGUGGAAAGGCCAUACAAAAAUAUGCUGGAGUACACAGGAAUAGAUCGUGAGAGAGUGGAGAGAAUGGAGGCCCGGUUGAAAGAGGACAUUCUACGGGAGGCUGAGCGGUAUGGAGGGGCCAUAAUGGUAACUCAUGAAACUGAUGAUGGUCAAAUAUUUGAUGCGUGGGAACAUGUUAAUGGCGAUGCAAUCCGGACCCCUCUGGAGGUUUUCAGAUGUUUAGAAGCCGAAGGCCUUCCCAUUAAUUAUGCACGUGUUCCCAUUACUGAUGGUAAAGCUCCCAAAAGUUCUGACUUUGAUACAUUGGCGAUCAAUAUUGCCUCUGCUUCCAAGGAUACUGCAUUUGUUUUCAAUUGCCAGAUGGGUAGGGGGAGAACAACUACAGGAACUGUUAUUGCAUGCCUUGUGAAACUCCGAAUUGAUUAUGGAAGGCCUAUUAGAAUGCAUCUUGGAGAUUUGUCCCAUGAAGAGGUGGACAGUGGUUCUUCGAGCGGUGAAGAAGCUGGGAGUGAGAGUGCUGAAUAUACACCAAAUUUAACCAGUAUAUUACUACGGAAGGAUCCAAAUCAUGCUUUGGGAAUCAAUGACAUCCUGUUACUGCGGAAGAUUACGAGACUAUUUGAUAAUGGUGCUGAAUGCCGGGAGGCCUUGGAUGCUGUUAUUGAUAGAUGUUCAGCUAUGCAGAACAUACGCCAAGCAGUUCUGCAAUACAGGAAGGUAUUCAAUCAACAACAUGUAGAACCAAGGGUAAGGAGGCUUGCAUUGAACCGUGGUGCUGAGUACUUGGAGCGGUACUUCCGGUUGAUUGCUUUUGCAGCAUAUCUUGGAAGUGAAGCAUUUGAUGGUUUCUGUGGACAAGGAGAAUCCAAGAUAACAUUUAAAACUUGGUUGAAUCGGAGGCCAGAGGUCCAAUCAAUGAAAUGGAGCAUAAGGUUACGUCCUGGGCGAUUCUUCACUGUCCCUGAAGAGUUGAGAGCAGCUCAUGAGUCUCCUCAUGGAGAUGCAGUGAUGGAUGCUUUAGUCAAGACUCGUAAUGGUUCUGUUUUGGGUAAAGGCUCCAUCCUGAAGAUGUAUUUCUUUCCUGGUCAGAGAACUUCAAGCAAUAUACAAAUCCACGGUGCACCGCAUGUCUACAAGGUUGAUGGGUACCCUGUAUAUAGCAUGGCAACUCCGACAAUCACUGGGGCUAAAGAAAUGUUAGCGUAUUUAGGUGCUCAUUCUACAGCAGGGGGUAAUUUUGCUCAAAAAGUGAUUUUGACAGAUCUGAGAGAGGAGGCAGUAGUUUACAUCAAUGGCACCCCAUUUGUCCUGAGGGAACUGGAUCAGCCUGUGGAUACACUCAAACAUGUGGGAAUCACUGGUCCAAUGGUGAAAAACAUGGAAGCUCGGAUGAAAGAAGAUAUAGUAGCUGAGGUAACACAAUCUGGUGGUCGAAUGCUAUUGCAUCGUGAAGAACUUAACCCAGUGUCGAAGCAUUCCAGUGUAGUAGGGUACUGGGAGAACAUUUUAUUAGAUGAUGUGAAGACACCUGCAGAGGUAUAUGCCUCUCUGAAAGCUGAAGGCUACAAUAUUGAAUACAAGAGGAUACCGCUAACACGAGAAAGAGAAGCCUUAGCAACAGAUAUUGACGCAAUCCACUCCUGUCAAGAUGAAUCUGCAGGUUGCUAUCUUUUUGUGUCACACACUGGUUAUGGGGGAGCUGCUUAUGCAAUGGCUAUCACUUGUCUUAGACUUAAUGCUGAUGGGCAGUUCGAGUCCGAAAAAUCAGAAUCACUGGUCACAACACAUUCUUUAUCUUCAACCCCUAAAGACAGUUUACUGUCUCAACUUUCUGAUGAAGAGGCACUUAAACAGGGUGAUUAUCGGGACAUACUAAGCCUUACUAGAGUUCUCAUGCAUGGUCCCAAGAGCAAAGAAGAGGUUGACAUUGUCAUCGAAAGGUGCGCGGGCGCUGGGCAUUUGCGAGAUGAUAUUCUUCACUACAGAAAGGAACUUGAGAAAUGUCAUGAUUGUGAUGAGGAGAAGAGGUCAUACAUCAUGGAUAUGGGCAUUAAAGCCCUAAGGCGAUAUUUUUUUCUAAUCACAUUCAGGUCUUACCUUUACUGCACCUCUUCAAGUGAAAAAGGAUUUGCCACAUGGAUGGAAGCCAGGCCUGAACUAGGACACCUAUGUGAUAAUCUGAGGUUUGACAAAUGAAAGAUCCCAAGCAUUCAACAGGUCUGCUCAUAAUCAACAUGUCAGGGAUGAAAUAAUGGAAUCCGGAUAAAAGUAGGGAGUUGUGUGGAGAGGCUCUGAUUGUAAAAUGUUUCCCUCAAAAUUAUGUUGGAAAUGACAAUGACCACAACCCCCAUGUAUACCUUUGCAUGUACAGCAAGCAAUGUUGUGUAUUUCUUUUGAUGGUCUGGGUGUAUUCUAUUUUUCCUUACAAAACAAACAGUUUAGAUGAUUGCUCAUAAAUUACAGCUUGCAUUCCUAAUUUUAGUCUAAAGGAAUUAUGAUCUAUGAGACUUGAGGAAUA